UUUGUUUACUAACAAAUAGUCUAAAUUUCGGUAAGUCACAAAAUCCGCUUUGGCCUUUUUUCAAUUAGUGCUUUAGAUGAACCAAAUCAAAAUUGUUUUCUUGUGUUUAUGUGAUUAUAAAAUUCUAAACUAAGUAUGAAAAGACCCGUUCGACCGCCACGAUUUCUUCCAGAAGUGUUGCAAGCCAUAUACGAACUUAAAGAAAACGGGGGAUCCAACUCCACGAAAAUAGUUAGUCAUGUUAAAUCGUCCUUACGCAACCUUAGGUCGUGCAAUACAGUUAGGAAUUUAUCCACACAAGUUAAGCGAGCCCUUAACCACGCCGCGAGUAAUGGCAUCGUCAAGCAGCGUGCUGGCAAAUUUAGAAUCAACACGGAGAUAUUAAAUCCUAAUAAAGACUGCAUGGAAUGCCGCCGAAGGAAACGGCUUCAAGCACAGAGGAGGAGACGCCGAAGACGAAGACAGAGGAAACACUCAAUCACUCCGUGUGCUCAACCGUUUCUCAGUGAAUCAGACGUAGGAAGAACACAUAGAUAUCGAGGCGUUAGCUACGACACGGAUUCCCAUUUCCCAGUUCGUGAAACAAGAAGGCGAAGAAGGAAAGCGGGGAAAAAGCGCAGGAGGAGACGAAGGAAAUCUCGUAGUUUUCAUGCCAGUUAUGAGAACGAGCCAAGAAGAAUCGACGAGGAAUUGAGAAAAGAUAUCGUAUAUCCUGAUGACCACAAGGAGGGUCACGAGAUGCACCAUGAUAGUCACCAGUGUGACAACCCCGACUGUCUUUGUAACGUGAAAGAUGAUAUUGAAGAAAUUCCAAAUUAUGAUAGCCCAAUGUAACUGUCUUUGUGGUCUUACCAAUAAAGUGGUCUUAACAAA